UGAAAUUAUGAUUAUUGUAAUCAACCAAUGAUCAGAUUACAACGAUAACUGUGACUGCUUGUUGUGGUAUAAAUACAGGAACGGAAAGUCAGUUACCAUAAGAAGAUGGUCUACUUCACAUACAGCCACGUGGCUUUCGUCACUCUGUUGGCAUUCGCAGCCAUACAUUCAGUCGAAUCGUUGAAUGAAACUGAAAUUACAUGGAGGCUAACAUUAAUUGCAGGUAAGAAUUAAUAACGUUCAUAUUACAUGUGGUUAUUAAUCUACUUGAGAAUUUGUCAAAUCAUAAAUAGGGAAUAACGAAAGUCUUACAAUGAUCGUUGUAGCCAUGGUCUUCCUGGACGAAUCGAAAAUUGUUAUAAUAUCAUUAAAGAGAGUGUGGAGAAUGAUUGGCGUACCUGACUUUCCUUCAGAAGCUAUUUCCAAUGUGUAUUAUCCAUUUGCACUCAGUCAUCUUACGUCACAUAUAACAAUUCAUUCUAAAUAUUCUCGUCUCCUCACAGAUAAAAUACCCGGAGUCAUUUCAGAGCUCAAAGCUGCUGAAGGGAGAGUACAAAAUAUUACAGCCAAGAUUCUUAGUCAGAAGGCAAGCUUACGAGGAGAAUUAGAAAAGUAUAUGGACUGUCUGGAAACUGCAUACAAAUACAAGUGGGGAAAAAUCACAUUUGAAAAGAUCGGAAACUAUAUCUACUGCGAUUAUGAAGGUGCGUGGGAUGACACAAGACAUUGUUGCCAACAACAAGCUGCAGCAUAUCAUGAAAAAAUGAAAGCGUUUCCUGUAGACGAAUGUCGCAAAAUUCUACCUCCAGCGAAUCAAGAAGAUCUGAAGGAACUGAAAGAACAAAUCGAAGGAGUAUUCUACCAUAACCACUUGUUUAGCAUUGAAGUUUUUUACACGAACUCUUGCACAACCCUGUUGAAGUUGUUGACAGGAAAGUGAAGAGGGAAGUACCAGGAUGAAUGCCAAAGUCAGCGUAUUACUGAACACAUGUAGAAUGUAGAAGCUUUCGUAAAUAUUUUUUUUUGAAUUAAAUUAAAUAAAUCACUCAUCUGCUA